CGUUUGAGUGAAAAUUAGUGGUAGAGUCAGAAAUUCGAAUACGGUUGUCUAAAAAUCUAUUAUCAAAGAAUUUGAAUUGGCGAGGAGGAUUAAAGCCUUAUCCACUACUAAAUUUUUCAUAUUUAUUAUGAAAUUUACAUAAUUUUGAGAGUUGAGAAUGCUAUAACACCCUUUGCCAUCAACGUAACUCUACACCGGUGACGAUGGAAUUACAGCAGCAGUUCUCUCUUUUGCUAAUAUGGUUUUUUUUUUCAUUAGAUUCCUCUGAAAAAGAGGGCGAACAAAAAAUAUGUGGUAAAAUAUAACGACAGACCAGCUGUAUACAACGGGCUGGGCUUCAUGGAUAAGCCCGAUUCACUUGCUGCCAGAAAUGGGCCUUGCGCAAAAGCAAAUUAAGUCAGGCCCAACACAACCUAGCGCCGGCGGGAGAAACAAAUAAGGGAGAAUCCUCCGGGAGGAGAGGAAGCUAGGCCGGAGCAACGGUCCACCGAGUACUAAUACCGUCAUCAACCAGAUAAGAUAUCGCCGGAGCUAGCGAUGACGGAGCCAAGGCGAUUAAGAGGGCAUAAAGACACCGCCACGUGUUGCGUAGCCUCACGCGACCGUCCUGGCAUCGUAGUCACUUCCGGCGAGGAUGGUCGUGUGUGUUGGUUCGAUAUGCGAUGCAAAGAGGUUCAGUUUGUUAUGGAGGUCGGGGAGCAACCAAUUUCAUCAUUGUCCUUCAAGCCAGGAAAUGAAGAUAUCCUCUACGUUUCCUCUGGGAAUGAAGUCAAGUGUUUGGAUGUGCUCAUGGCUAAUGACUGGAAGCCAUUGAAGACUUACAACUACAACAAGGAUGAGAUAAAUCAGAUUGCUUGCAACUCGAGGGCUGCUUUCCUUGCUUCUACAGAUGAUGCCGGUGAUGUUAAGAUUAUUGACAUUCACCAGCAUUGCCUAUAUAAAACAUUGAGGGCUGGCCAUUCAAGUAUCUGUAGCAGUGUGCAGUUUAUUCCUUGGAGAUCAUGGGAAGUCAUCACUGGAGGUCUGGACUCGAAGCUCAUUAUGUGGGACUUCUCAAAAGGACGCCCAAUCAAAAUUGUUGAUUUUGGCUCUAACAAUAGCAGUAAUGCAACACAAUGUCUCAAUCCUGCUUUUGUUCAUGCUAUAGCGGUCCCAGAUGUUGAUAUGAUCGACAAUGCAGGCAAGAUAUGUGCAGUAGCUAGGGGUGAUGGUGUUGUCGAUGUGAUAGACAUUGAAUUAGAACUUGCUGCUGCUAUUAGGUUGAAAAGUUCAGCGAAGACUAAGAAAGUGUCUCAAGUAAACUCCAAUAAAGAAGCCGAAUCUGGCGCAAGUAGUGAAACAUCGGCCAACACGAAUCAAAGCACCAGGCUGCAUCUGGAUUACCUGUUGGGGGGGCAUACUGCCGCAGUAUCAUGUGUUGGGUUCUCGUUAUUUGGGGAUAAGGGGAAGUUCAUCGUUUCAGGAGGGAAUGAUAAGUCAGUGAAGCUGUGGGAUUGCUCUCGACGUGAUACAACUGAGCAGGAUGGUGGCAGCAAUAAUGGCCCGCUACAUCUCAGCAUCAAUUUGAGCAAAAAGGUGAAUUGGCUAUGUACAACUCCUACUGAAUCAGAGAACCUUGUCAUCUGUGACACAACGAAAGUAGUGAAGGUCUAUUCCGUUACAUGAAUCCGCAUUUUGGAGUAUGGCUCCAUAUGGAUGAAGUCCUGCACCCAGUGGGAAAACAGCUUUAACCCAUAGAAGAUCAGAGACAGAAGUGUCCAUUUAUUGUGUACCACUCAUAUUUUUGUGAAAGUGCAGUGGUUGAAGCAGAAUGCAUAUAUUUGAUACUCCUUCUGGGAUUUUCAAUUUUCCAUCUGAACAAUGUUCGUUGCAGAGUAGCACCAGUAGUUAUCUUCCUCUUACUCCUUUGCUGAUCCUGACAACUUUUUGGACUCUGUCUAAGCUGUCUAGGACACUGUAAUUUGAGCUGAAUUAAGGUUUUGAUUAGAUUGGGAAAGGGAAAGAAAGAGCCUUCAGUGAUUCAUUCCUGCAUUUGAUAGAGAGUUACUGCCCAUUAUCGCAUCUGAAGAUGGUUCUUGAUCGUAAUGGAACCGUGGAAGGCAUCUCAUCCUGUUCUCCAAGCAAGCUCUCGACUUUCUUCCAGACCCUGAUUUGGGUAUUGUCAAGUGAGCAAGGGCAAAUGAUACCCUCCAGGUCCCGGCUUACGUGAUUCAGCCCAUUUUAUAUAUGGACACUUGAACAUUGGCCGAGCUAGCGUAACUGCGUAAGUGUACUGUUUCCUUACAGGCACAGGGGGCUUGGGAGCAAAGCUUCUUCUGUUGAGUUAGUUAAGGAUGGGGGCUCCUCAACUAAUUGAACUUUCCUUCAACUUCCCGCAUAAAAUUUGAAACCCUCU